AUGCCUGACUUCGGUCCCUGUGGUGAUCCGACAUGUUCACAAACAGCUGUUCGUUUAUUCGACUGUGCACAUCAUUGUAUGAAAAUGGUUUGUCUUCAGCAUUUGAUCGAACACGAUCGAGUCUUCGAACGUAACAAAAAACAAUUGGAGAAUCAACAAUCCGAACUGAAGCGUCUUCAAUCGGUUUAUUCGUCGUUAAUUGAUGAAAAUAAGAUACGUUCGGAAUACGAACACAAAUUAAACGAAUCAACUGAUGCUGAUAAAUAUCGUUCGAUUGUUGAUAAAUUGAAAAAGAUGAUCAAUGAGAAACAAAAACAAUCCGGUGAAUCAUUGACUAUUGUGAAAGUUGAGCCGAUUGAAGAAAAUUUAUCAUUGACAACGACAAAGGAUGAGUCAAUUUAUAUUGGUUUUGAUCGGUUAGAAAAUUUAGUCAUCGAUACUGAUUAUCACAAACGAAAAGCUCGUGAACUGGCAAUGAAGAAACGUAAAUCAGAGAACAAACUGACCAUUACAGACGAUGAUGACGAUGACAAUGAUAGUGACAUUCCAAAUCUUCCAGUUCAUCGAAUUCCUGGUAUUUGCCCAUUGUGGAUUCAAGGUGCUUAUGGUCUUAAUACAAAACAUCACGCGGUUCGAUUAUGUCGGAAGAAACAUUUCAAUGAUUUGAGUAAUCAUAUCCGUCAGUUCCAUGGUUUAUUAACGCCCGUGGCGAAUCUGAUUGCUCGUGCUGUUGAUUCGCAGAUUUCGACAAUGAAAUGUUUAAUCCCAAAUGAUUUGCAAGUGGCUGAUUCCCGACGAAGUUUUCUUUGUCCAUUUCGAAGUGAAUUAAAUUCUAAUCAAAACAUUGUGUCUCCGACACAGCAACGAACAAUGAUAUAUAAACCAAUGUUGAAACCUUUUUCUUUUGUCUAUGCGAUACAUAAGAAGAACACGUUCAUUGAAAUUUUUCGUUUUUUAGAUAUGCCUCAAAGAGGUCAAUGUACGGAUUUGACCUGUACGGAAGCAUUUACUGGAACAUGUUGA